AUGUUUUAUUUGACACGUUAUUUUCAGUAUUACAAAAGAAUAUUUAAUAACUUACGUAAGUGUACUUUUCUCUUAUCUGCAACACUAGCGCGGUCUUAUCAAGGGUUUAGUUUGGUCUUUCGUGUCUCGCGGAAGACUAUGAUCAACAUGAGACUAAAUCGCUUUCUCUUUUUAGCAUUUCUGGUCAUAACAAGUCUUCUCGUGGUGCACAGUAAACCGCUUGCCCAAGAUAAUGAAGAAAAAGAGCGUUUGAAAAGAAAUGAGCCCGAAGAAGACGCACCUGACUCUUCAGGCGAAGAACAAACGAGUAAGGAAGUUGAAAACCCAGCGGGGGAUGAACAAAACGAGCCUACAGAAAAAGGGGAUGAAAAACAAAAUCAACAGAAUGAGCAAAAAAUAGAUCAUGAAAAUUCUGUUGAGCAAAACGGUGAAGAUGCUUCUACAAACGAAGCGGCUGAUGAAGCGGAAGAAAACAGCAAAGAUGAAAAGAGGAAAGGUUCCAAGAGAUGGCUCCAUCAUGGGUAUGCUGGUUAUGGAGGGUGGGGUUAUCCUAGCUGGGGUGGAAUUCAUGGAUAUGGAAUUUAUCCUGGUGCAUUUGGGCCUGGGUAUGGUCUGGGCGCUGGAUAUGGACUCGGAGCUGGUCUCGGAGCUGGUCUCGGAGCUGGUCUUAGCUGGCCUGGCUACUGGUAUAGGUCUAGUGUACCAAAAUACGCGAAAACUCAAGGUUCAUCGAAAAAGUUUGGUGUCGAGCAUCCUUUGGGCUAUGGUCUCGGAUAUUUUGGUGGUUAUGGUGGUUAUGGCGGUUAUGGUAUUUAUGGCGGUCUUGGCGGCCCGUGGAGUGGAUACUAUGGUGGGCCUUACGGGUAUGGAUUUGGUUUUCCAGGAUAUGGCUUUAUGCCAAACCCAGCUUUGUUUCCCACGUCCUUUUUCAGGUCUGGUGUUCCAACAAAAUCAGAUAAGAAAGGCGCAAACAGAAGAGAAAAUGUAGCUAAGAGAUUUUAUGGUUACGGCCAUUUUGGUGUUCCCGCUGGGUUUGGAUAUCCUGGCUGGGCUAAUUACGGACAUCCUGGAUUCGGUUUUGGAGUUCCUGCCUUCGGUAGCUAUAGCCCUUUCCUUGGGUAUGGACCUUUCGGUACUUGCUUCUAUAAAUCCAAAAUACCCAAAGACAAAAAGGACAGUAGUAAGGCGAAGCGAGACACAACUGGGAAAGUCCAUAAGAAAUGCUGUGGAGGAUGCGGAGGAUGUGGAGGAUUCCUGGGCUGCGGAGGCAGCUAUGGAGGACUUGGAGGAUGUGGUGGAUUUGGCCUUGGAGGAUGGGGUGGAUUAGGCUUAGGAGGAUGGGGUGGAUUUGGGCAUGGCUUAGGAUAUGGAGGAUUUGGCCACGGUGGAUGGGGAUGGGGCGGUUAUGGCUAUCCUCUAUCUGGUGGGUGGGGCUUAGGAGGCUAUGGCGCCUGGGGCCCAGGCUGUGGAUUCUACAGAUCAAAGGUUUCAGGACAUGAAAAACCGGAGAAACCUGAGAAUAAAUCGAAACGGGAGGCUGAUGACAAUGAACAAACAGAAGACAAAGCUGAGGAAGAGCAAGCACCAGAAAGCUCAGAAACAAAAGAUGACAAGAAAGACAAGAGUAACUGCGGCUGCGCACCACCAUCAUCGGACAACUCCGGAAACAACAAAGCUGGAAAAAGAAGUUGUUGCGGUGGUUCAGCAUACAUGGGAUUACCCUUUUAUGGAGGUUAUGGAGGAUACGGGGGAUGGUAUGGCUCGGGAUACGGCUAUGGCUAUCCUUUCCUAGGGUAUGGCGGGCUAGGUUUUGGUUUAGGUUACGGUCGUGGUUUAGGUUAUGGAGGAUGCGGUUUCCCCUGUGGAGGUUCUCUUGAGGUAAGAACUAAAAAAAAUAGAUGUUAUUAAAUUUUUUUAGGAUAUAUUAGAGCAACUUAUCAUGACGCUUACCAUAGGAACUAACAGAACUUACCUGCUUGGUAAGAUCUUAGGAGUGAGACAGUCAACAUUUCAAAUUCCAAAUUUUAAAUUUCAAGACGUUCUAAGUAUCCAAUAAUUUGCAUUUCGAUUUCCGUGAUUAAUUUCUAAAGUGAAACGUUGAAGGUUUAUUAUAAAUACUAUCUUUUAUCAUGCUAUAGCGACUGAUACCUUUAACACUGUGUAUGCAGACGAUUGAACGUAAGGGCGCAUUCAUCUGCUGAUUUAUUUCGCGAAAUUAGAUUGAGGAUCUGAGCCAGAACAACACAGGACAGUAGACUUGGCAAUUAUUGAGAUUUUGAGAGAAGUUAUUGUUUCGUUUUCUUAAAAGGCUUUUAUAGAAUUAUGACAAGAAAGUUUACUGAAAUUACGCUGAGAUGAGCUCGUGUCACUCAAUUAUCAAAACGUAACAAACCAAACAAAACAGACCAAGUCUUUUAGGGAAAUGUCCUUAUGAUUUGUUUUCAUAUGAGCCAAGCACAGACGUAAUUUCCAACUGCUUGCAUUGUUCGACGGUGUCUUUUUUUUCUUUGUAUUCGUUGCCUCAUGUAAAUAUCCAUAUUUUUAUUUAACUGAAGUUGAAGCGAGCGAACGCGUUUUUGUGAAACAAUUUGAGGUUAUAAUUAUCUAUAAUAAAUAGCUCCGGAUUGACUGUUUGGCCUAAACACGGUAGAGGAUAUUGUAGCCCCAUCAGCCGUACUUUCUCUGAUUUACAAACUUUAAUGAAAAAUAAUUUCUAAAAUUAAGUUAAAGAGGCUAAAAAUGAGAUCGGACUCGCGGACCAUUCAAAAUUUUUUCAGCUAUUGGGAGCCAUUUAUACAAAUGAUUCUCAUUUAUUACCCCAAGUUAAGUCGGUGGCGUGUUCUUACACGUAUCUCGAAAUGUCAAACACGUUAAUAAGAAGCUGAUUGGCCCUCUAUUUGUAUCAAAGAUAGUCUUAAGCAGGUAAUACCUGUUAGUCGGUAAAUCACGAGCCUGCUUUUUCCCUGUUUAUACAGCUUUCUUGGUAAAUUUCUACUGAUACAGCAUCUUCGAAGUCUUUUGCGCAGUAUAAGCUAAUCCCAUGUUUCAUACUCGUCACACCGACGCUCUUUCUACCUCUUAGUAAGCGGUCUUACGGUUCAGACGAAUAUACCUUCAAAAUCAGCAGCAAUUUCUCACGUAAAUUACGCACAAGCAUAUUAAAGCCCAAAACUAACCCCUAUUGUAACCUUUUUUUUAUAAUACAUCUGAUUUUCGUGCCAGACUACGCUGGUAACUCCCAUUCUCAAUUUUUUAGGUAACAUAAUUACGAUUUAGCUGUGAAACCUUACAAAUAUAAAUUUGAAAAGUAAUUACAUUCCUAUUUCUCUAACGUUUCAUUCUUAGGCCUAACAAAUGUAUGCAACAACUUCACGCACUUUACUUCUAUAGUUACGUGAGCUCGUUUCUGGGCUCUGUAAUGUGUGAACUGUGCAUUCAAAUCUCAUUUGCGAGCAAUCAUACUUUUUAUGUCAAUCAGGUUGUUGAUCCAUGUGAUUGUGGAUACACCACUAUGGCUGGUCCUUGCGGUUGUGCUUCUUGCUGUGGAAAGUCAAAGAUUUCAAAAGAGGAAAACGAUUCUCAGAAAGAGAAAAGGAGCGCGGAAGCUGAUAAAAAGAAGCAGUCUAAGCGAUGCGGAUGUGGAGGUUGUGGAGGUUGCGGAGGAGGAUAUGGAAUAGGUUUUGGUGGGUGUGGUGGCUGUGGAGGAUACGGUGGAUGUGGUGGCUGUGGUGGUUGUGGCGGAUGUGGCGGAUGUGGCGGAUGUGGCGGAUGUGGCGGAUGUGGCGGUUGUGGCGGAUGUGGUGGGUGCGGCCACGGCGGCUGGGGCGGUCAUGGAGAUUGGUAUGGUGACGUCGGACACGGGGACUGGUUUGGUGACUUAGGCCAUGGCUGCGGAGGAUGUGGUUGUGGGGGAUGUGGUUGUGGCUGUGGCGGAUAUGGAGGACAUUGUGGAUACGGAGGUCAUGGAUGGUAUGGACAUGGUGGUUGGGGUGGAUGCGGUCAUGGUUGUGGUGGCUGCGGUGGCUGUGGUGGCUGCGGCUGUGGAAUUUUCCGAUCUAAACUUGCCAAGAAUGACAAGAAACAAACAGAAAAGCAAGCGAAAGAUAGCUCGCAGCCCGCUCAAGAUAAGAAAGCAGCACCAGAUGCGGGAAAAAAGGAGGAAAAGGCAACUAAAAGGUGUGGACUUUGGGGUGGUUUUGGAGGAUGUGGAGGAUUCGGUGAUCUUGGUGGAUUUGGAGGUUGGGGAGUUGGCGAUUGGAACUUCGGUGGUUGUGGAGGUCCCUUCGGAGGCUGGGGUGGAUAUCCAGGUUACGGCUAUGGCUAUGGAGGCUGUGGUAGCUGUGGAAGCUGUGGAGGUUGUGGAGGCUUUGGGGGAUGUGGCUAUGGGGGUUAUGGUGGCUGUGGAGCCUCUUGUGCUGAUGCUGGACCGUGGACAUUUUUUAAUGGCGGCUGCUGUAAAUCUAACGUGGGUGAAAAGGGUUCUUCUGAUAGUGCUCAUGAUGAGAAGUCUCCAGGCAAAGAAGCUGCGCCAUUGUCUGUUCAACUAGCUGGGGGACCUACACCUAUAGCCAAAGCUGCCGCUGCUGGUGCUGUGAAACCCGGUCAACCAGAACCAGCACCAGCACCUGCUAAAACUCGGGAUCAACCAGCAGCCCGAGAAAAAGCUUCCAAACGCUACGGAAUCCCUGGCUUUGGAGGUUGUGGAUACUGCGGGGGCUGUGGACGUAGUUUCGGAGGCUUUGGAGGAUGCGGAGGGUUAGGAUAUGGAGGAUUAGGAUAUGGAGGGUUAGGCUAUGGAGGGUUUGGAUGUGGGGGAUUUGGUCAUGGGGGCUAUGGACUAUUGGGUCAUGGAUUUGGUUUCCCCGGCGGCUAUGGUGGUUAUGGCUGGGGAUUUCCAGGUUAUGGAUAUGGCUACGGUUUCCCAUUAGGUUUUGCUCGAUCAAAACUUCCUCAGAAGAAUAAAGACGUGAGGCCAAAUACUCGUGGGGAAAUCCCUGUAGCAGACGGUUAUGUACAAAAGAAGAAGCAAACUAUUCAUCUUGGAUAUGGUUAUGCCAGUGGUGACAACUAUCGUCUUGGAUAUGGAUUUGGUGGGAUGGGAGGUAGCUAACUCAAUUUUUUUUCCAAGUUCUUAUUUAAAAGUCAAUAAUCGUAAAUGUUUGAUUAAGGAAAGAAAAAAAUGGCCUGCCGGAAUCAAUUCUUACUACUCUGUUAUUCGGCGACCCCACAGCUGAGGUAGAGAGUAAUUAAUGGACUUCCAAUGAUCGUUAAACUUACUAACCAAAAACAAGUUAUCAAGUGUGACUAAUAAGAUUUAAUCCUAUUACAGCCAGUUCAAUAUUUAUGUUUUUGUCUUUGCAUACAUUACAGAAUCGUUUUCAUAAGCUCUUUUAUUAAGAGGUCUUAGUGCAAUUUGUAUGCAAGAUAUGGUUAUGUUCGCCUUUCCUAGGUUUAGCUGGCUAUCAUGGAGUUGGUGGCGUUACUGGAACAUCCGUCUAUCGAUCUAAGAUUCCAAAAACGAGUGUAAAGGGCUUUAAAAGAUGGGGCUGGGGACAUGGUGGGUAUGGCGGACACGGAUUCGGUCAUGGUCAUGGAGGAUGGGGAUAUGCGGCACCUUAUGGUCAUCCCAUUACCCAUCCGGGAUUCACAAGCAUCGGAUUUCCUGGACAUGCCCUGGCAACAUUUGACGUCAAAAACAGCAUCGCUCAGAAGCGGGGAAAACAAAAGCGACAGAUAGUUCCCUUUGGUGCAGUGAGUCCUGGUCCACUGGCUUUACCUGCCACUCUGCCUGCUCCACUUCCUGCUCUUGCACCUCUGGCUUUGCCUGCUACAUACCAUGCUCCUGUGUAUGCCCCAGUUGCACAUCCUGUUGCCGCUGUCCCUUCCUACGCCGCUGUGCCCGCAGCAGGCGUACUACCAGCGACUGCUUUACCUGUUGGCUGUGAGUAGACUUUCUUUGUGUUUGUUGCGCCUCCUGGUCUCACGACAAAGUUUUGAACUUUAUUGACGUCACUGCUAUGAUUGAUAAGGUCAAUGGUAAAUUGUGGUCGAUCUGAUUUUUACAAUAACAUCUCAUGUGCGUGCUGUUCUUGUUGUUUUAAUUUGUGUUAUGUAAUGACUUCUACAACAAAAUAUGAUUAUCAAAAUUAAUUGCAUGACCAUAGAUUCUGGUACCCUGAACUGUUAUAACUCACUUAGUUUUAAAUUUUGUGCCGUUUGUAUUGGCAUCGCUAUGUAUUUCGUCGCGGUCAUCUACUUCCAACCUUGCGAACCGAGAACCGACUUUCUUUUACCGUGCCUUUUCUUUCACCUAGACAAGUUCUUCUCCAAAUGUUACUCCGGGUAUACCGGUCAUAAAAGUCGGAAUUUCGUCACUGGCCACUUUUCAGAAAUUUGCAAUUGUUUUACGGAAGUAAACUUCUUCUCCGAUAUGGCGUGGAUUGCUCAGCGUUGCGUUACAUGUUGCAUCAUUUCCAUCUCCGAUUGUUCUCGACUAAUGAGCGCGCGAGAAUUUUCACAAUAAUUGUUAUUAUUAUUAUUAUCAUUAUUACUUAAAUUAUUAUCACUGUUUCCCUAUUGAAUGUCAUAGCAUGUUAACAUGGGCUUAUCUGAUUAAAUUAUAGUGCACCUUGGUGGACCAGCCGUUGCCGGACUGGCGCUAGGCCGCUCUAAUAUGCCACAAGGUUUUGGACCUUUUGGUAACAUAAAAAGAUCCGAAAUGCCAGAAAAAUGAUUCAACACUUUAUAGGUGAGGAAAGCUCAAACGGUAACUGAACUUGCAAGCUGGCCCCCACUCAAGGGUUUGUUCAGCCAUGUAUUAAAUAGGCAAACACGUCAGCUCUAGUCUUCUCAUUUUAUUUUUGUCAUUCUUUGGUCUUGGUAAUGUUGCCAUGACGACCCCGAAGCGUAUAGCAUGAAUUUUAUUUUUUAUCAGUUUGGCCUCUAUUUGCUUUAACAACAACCCUCUUCAGAUUAAAUGGCGAAGAUGAUUGACUCUGCAAUUGCUGUGACUCGUGUUCGUGUUAACAGUAACUGCUCCUGUCCUGUUACAUACGUUCUUUUCCGCAUCUUUUUUUGUCGUCGAAUGCCCUGUAUUCUCUUUAUUAUUUCUAAGAGUAGAAUGUGUGAAAAAGAAUCCCAGUUAGAUGAAUACUCGUUGAAAAUGACUCACCAUGAUAUCAAAGCUGCAAUUAUCACUUCUGCAGAACUUAUGCAAAGAGAGAGAGAGUUCGAAACGCGGUUAACUGUAUGACCGUGACUUCCGUUAAUUUAUAUUUUGGUACCUUACAUAGAUUUCUCUCAAAACUCUUCUCGAUAGACUCGGUGCUUUCCCUUCCCAUCCACAGAGCUUCGUAUCACGUAGAGAAAAAAGAGAGACAAAAGGAAGGGAUGGAGGAGGGGAUCAGCUUUUUUGUCAAAGAAAAUUGAUGUCUUCUCUCAUCUUCUUCUCUGUAAAAUUGUUCUUUUCCCUUGCAGGUUGAAACAAAGAACGUAGAAACUUCAUCGUAGAAGAAAUCACAAGAAAGAAAUGAAUUUUUGUUUUGUAUCGUUAAAGGAAAGAGCUUUGUUAAGAAGUGUUAUGGUUCAUUUUUUUAAUUAUCUACACGGUGCAGUCAUGUUCCUGAUCUGCACACAGACAGUAAAUAAUUUACCAGAAACGUUUUUAAUUUCAAGUUGUCAAAAAUAAAGUGACAUCACUGAUUUACAUAUGAUUGGUUACUCUUCUUCUCCAUUCUCAUUCUUUUAAUUAUCAAAAUGGAUGUCCUUGAAUGAGAGUAUAGCACAAUUCAGUGUCAAUCAUGGUCGGUCUUAAAGAAAAAAAAAAGAUUAUUUGACAUUAUGACGUGUCAUGACGGCUGAGAGAUUAAUAAUUACUUUUAUCUAGG